CCCGGAUUGUAAUUGUCGCACAUUGUUGUACUUCCGUUUAUUACAGCCCACUGUUUCCUAAAGUAUGUUUACCGUCAUUUUUAUGAGCUCUCAAUGCAGAGUUUAGUUUUGAAUUAAACACAGGACAACAGCGUGGUGUGAAUUUUAGUCGCAGGCGGAAUGUCUCGCUGCGUUGCGUUACAGACGCAUCUAGCGUCCGUGGUGGAGGCGUUAGUUCAUGCCGCGAUCGCUGAAAUGGCCAAACUUAUGGAAGAGGAGACGCUUUCAUUUCUGAGCAGUGAUAUUGUUAGAGAUCACUGUGAAAACGAGGAGGUUGACUCAAGAAUGAAGAUGGACAAGGAGGAGAAAAUGAAGCAGUUUGCAUCCAUCAUGGAGAUACUGGGCAACGAGGCUCUUGGAAAAAUAAUCAAACUUGUCGAUGAAACCAAAUUUUUGUUGGAUCUGGAGUGCAAAACAUUUUCAGAAGAGGAACAUUCUUAUGAUGGAAGUGCGAGAAGCCUGGAAACAAGAACAAGAAAUGAGUCUGAUGAGGCUUCAGAAGGCCGUUCAGAAUCCCCACUGGUGCUGGCUGUGUCCAUCAGAGAUGAAUUUGGAAAUGUGAACUUGAAUUCCAUCGCUGCUGGUCACUUAAACGCAUCUUUAGAAGACAAAGAAGCAUCUGUUUUGCCAGAAGACAGCAGCGAAGAUCCUCAAAAUUCGGUUACAAUCUUUGGAAAGAGAUCCUUUAUUUGUUCAGAGUGCGGCAAGAGUUUCUCUUCUCAAAGCAACCUCAAAUCACAUCAGCGUAUUCACACUGGAGAAAAGCCCUUCGGCUGUGUUCUUUGUGGCAAGGCUUUCGCCCACAAACAAAGUUUGUCUGACCACCAACGAGUCCACUCAGGAGAAAAGCCAUUUGUUUGUAAAGUCUGCGGCAAAUGCUUCGGGAAAGCCGCACACCUCAAAACCCACGAAAUAAUCCACACCGGCGAAAAACCGUUCAGCUGCAGCGUUUGCGGAAAAAGAUUCAACAUUGCUCAAAAUCUUGCCAGGCACCAGCUCACGCACACAGGCGAAAAGGAGUUUCGAUGUUCAAUAUGCCAGAAAAGUUUCACACGGGCCAUGACGCUAAAGACGCAUCAACUUAUCCACACCGGGCAGAAACCGUACUCCUGCAUGUCUUGCGGGAAGACGUUUCGGCACGCCGUCAAUCUUAAAAACCACGAGCGCAUCCACACCGACCUGCGGCCGUUUAGUUGUGACCUAUGUGGCAAGACCUUCCGGCAGGCUGUGAAUCUGAAAAUCCACAAGCGGAUCCACACGGGGGAAAAACCUUUCACCUGCAAGGAGUGUGGGAAGAGCUUCAGUCAGCAGAGUAGCCUCAUUUCACACGGCCGCACUCACUCUGGAGAAAAACCCUUCGGCUGCAAUUACUGCGAUAAGUGGUUUAACAAUACGAACAGUCUAAAGCUGCACCAGAGGGUCCAUACUGGUGAGAGGCCGUACAAUUGUGAGGAUUGUGGCAAGUGUUUCAGUCAAGGUAGCCACCUGCGUACUCACAAACGCCACGUUCAUGGAGGAGGGAAGCAGUACAUCUGCGAUAAAUGCGGAAAGAGAUACGCAGAUCCUCGAAAUCUUAAAUUGCACAAAUGCUAUUAUGCAUAAACAUGGUGUUGUUCACAUUCGUCAUUGUAGAGAUACUUUUUUUCUAUGAUAGAUAAAUUAUUGGAGAAUAUGAUCUGAAUAUGAAUGCAAUAAUGGUGCACUUAUAAUACUCACCUUCAGGACAUCUAAGAUGUAGAUGGUUUUUUUCUUCAUCAGAACAGAUGAAGAGAAAUUACAUCACACACUCAUGAAUCCUCUGCAGUGAAUGGGUGCCGUCAGAAUCACAACAACCCGCAAGUAAUCCACACGAAUCUAGUCCAUCAAUUAACAGCUUGUGAAGUAGCAAACUCAUUUAAAUCUUGGAUUGACUGAGGGUGAGUACAUUUAUUUUUGAACAUUUUCACUUUUGGGUGAACUAUUAUUUUGAGUUGUGAAAUUUACGUGUAAUGGGGAUUGAAUCUCAAUUGCUGUGAUAGUGAUAUUUUUCUUCACAAAAUAUCAUAGUUUAUAUCAUGGGUCAUAUCAUAGAACAUUUUUGGACUAUUUUUUAGGACUGUUUUGUAUAAGUUACUAGUAAUCAAUGAUGGCGAUUUAUUUUGAAUGAUGAUGUUAUGUUUUCUACCUUUCUUUAUUAGUGUGGAUUCGAAUUGAAAAAGCUCAUUGUACGACUUUAUAAUAUAUGUUUAAUAUAACUGUAAGAAAAAAAAUAUUACCAGAGAGUUGGUUUGAUAUUUAAAAUUCUGAUUGGCAUUGAUAUGGUCAAAUAUUUUAUUAUUUUUCUUGCCCUGUUUUCUGUCAAAACAUUUAUAUUUGAUUCAUGAAAACGUUGCCAAAUACAGUUUUCAAUAAAGCAUUGUUCUUGUUGUGUGAGUAUAUUCAUCUGCUUUGAAUUAUAAAUUAUAAUACACUGUUAGUGAAGACUGUAACAACAGGAUAUGUUUGAAAUGUAUUGCCACACUAUUGCUGUGCAUAGUCUGCAAGUUUUUUGGUAUGCAUUGAAUAUGUAUGUGUUCUAGUACAUUUGCGCACAUUUUGAUUUUGGGCUUAUUUGGUGUCAUUAAGCACAUCAAAAUGUUUGAAAUAUUUUAGUAUACAGACAUAUAACAUUUGUUUAUUUUUAGGUUGUUCAACAUGAGGUGUUCUUUCCAUGAUCCUUUCCUGGGAAAAUAAGUUUUCGAAGAUUACAACCCAUAUGCUAAGAAAUGCCCUUUAAGAACAUUGUUCUGCUAUGAAGAAACAAUACUGCUAUCAUCCAUCAUUACUUUUUUUCUUCAACUUUAUGUCAGUGUAUAAAGGAAAGUCUAUCUUUUUAUCUGUGCAUUUCUUUUGUUUCUCAGCAUUUAAUCUCCUUUUUGCCUUCAAUUCAUUUUAAAUGCUCCUGCAGUGUGACAAAUGUCUGUUUAAAAUGCAAGUGUUCUGUGUAGUCUCAGUUCAUUUGAGAUUAUAAAGUGCAACCAACCAGCAGUAUUGGGUAAUUAAUUACUGAAAUUUAAUUGCUGUUCCCUUGAAAAAGUAAGGGAUUACUCUUAAUUUUUCUGUAAUUUAAUUACAGUUACUUGUGAUGUAACUGCAUUAAAUGCUGUUUAGACUAUAGAACAAAUCUAAAUAAAACAAUACACUGCAAAAAAAUGCUUUUCUUACUUAGAUAUUUUGUCUUGUUUCCAGCCAAAAUAUCUAAAAAAAUCUUAUAUCAAGGAUUUUCUAGACAAGUAAAAAUUAUUGUCUUGUUUUCAGAAAGUGAGUUUUUGCUUGGAACAAGCAAAAUAAUCUGCCAAUGGGGCAAGAAAAAUAAUCUUGUUUUCUGGUUGAAAUAAUAUUAUUUUUCUUAUCCCAUUGGCAGAUGAUUUUUCUGAUUUUUGUUCCAAGCAAAAACUCA